GACCACAGCUUGUUUGUCGAACCAUCGCAUUCAUUCGCAACAACUUUACUCCCGAUAUACGACAUUGCUUUUAGAAUUUUUUUGCCUUCGCUUUUCUAGGAGCACAGGGAGCUCAUGAACCCGCAUCCUGGCAGUGCUUCGGAGAAUGCUGCAACCUUCUAAAUAGAACGAAUGGUUAUUAGCUUGAGUUGGCUGUAUCUGGACGCAGGAAACUUACCAUGAUUCUCAUUUAAUACUGCGUUAUCAUCGGACUAUCAUCCAUUCAAUAUCAAACCGCGAACUUGUCUCACAUGCGAAGGAUACGCACGUCAUCCGAGUCGUCACCCUUCCAGAAGAAUUUGCACCGAAGCUUUGCGCAGCGGGUAGUAAAUGAUAUUUGUCUUCCUGGCCAGAGUACAGUUCCUAUGAUUACAUCGAUCGUCGUCGUAAACGUCAAGGAGGUUUGGAGUAUUCUCGUUUGAAAACGCAUUACGCGGGUAAUCAAUACGCCUGACCAACAUCGAUUUCACCGGUCACGCAUUGUCCAUAUGUACCUGUUACUUGUGAGUCAUCAUCAUGGCCGCUGGAAACCAUGGAACUCAGUGUCAUGACAGACAUUCAAUUAUUUCGCCCUGACACAAGCUCCCCACAAAAAGUUGAGCUUUUGGCCGACGUGUUGAGAUCAUUUAUACCCUUCUCUUUGCCGCUGUUAGGCACAUUUUACAGCGGAGACCUUGAAGGAGGAUAUCUCUCGGUAUGGACGACCUUUGACGUGUCGCUCUCCGAACAACGCCCAGAACUCUUCUCAGUCAUUACCUUCUCUCCGUUGGGGAAUGACAAACUUUGGUUCUUCUGCUCAGCGGAAGCACGUUCGGAACCUCCGACUGUUGAAGAACAGGAUCAUGUUUCUCGUGUAGUGAAGACGCUCUAUCAUGCGUUCAGAACGUCCAGUUCAAUUGUUCGGGGUAUCCAAACGCAUACUGCUUUCCGGGAAGCAGAUGGCCAUAGUGGUGUCAUCGUGAUAGGCUCCCUUCAUGAAAAGUGGGCACCGUGCCUACAGGCUAUCGCUGUUGCCGACAGCCCAUGUACCAAAUUCCUCCGACCUCCGCCAUCUUCACUAUCGUUAGAGCCUUGGAAUAUCUCGUCGAGCGACAAGUGGGAUAUUUCCGAAUUACGUGAAAGCGAUGUAGACUUGGUCACCGACCGCGUCGUGUUCAAACGCUCACGCGAAUCGAUGCUCACCCGCCUACGAUAUUCUGUAGGCAUCAGGCCCAAGGGAAGCGACACGCCCGUUGCAUGGCAACUGCUCUAUCCUGACGGAAGUAUUGGAAUGCUCCAUGUAGAGCCGGAGUACAGGAGGCUAGGCUUAGCAAAGAUGUGUAUUCAUGCGCUGAGUAGGAAGUUGGAGGAGAUGUUCCGUUCGGAAGAGGAGGGGAAAGGAGGACAGUAUCCUUGGAGUCGAUGGGAGUUCGUUGAUGUUGUUGCAGGCAACGAGAAGAGUUCGGGUCUUCUCAAGUCCCUUGAACCGGAGGGAUGGCGGGAGGGAUGGGUUUGCUACUGGGUCUACCUGGCAAUGAACGAUGUUGAAGUUCCUCAGUCUGCAUGAUAUGGCUACUUCUAACUGUACGUUCAUGUAUAAUUGGUUUGCUUGCGUGCUCAAAUAAUCCAAGCUGUCUGUCGUACCAGACACUUUCCACAACUCUUUGGAUCAGGGCUGAAAGGUUUACACAGCGGCAGAGAUUGCCUUCCCAUUGCACAAGUAUGCCCUAUGAACGGCUGUGCCCAUACAAUAACGACAGUACAAGCUUUCCCUCGGAGUGACACGAAGUGACGCACACAGGCCCAUCUAUUGACGAUGUCAUGCGAGGUCUUGUUCCAUGGAACGAUGGCUAUUCUUAUCGUAUGGGCCGAAACGACAGGUUCCAGAACAAGAGGCCUGUGUGGAAUCAGCGGGGCUAGCGCGCUUUAAGUGAAGCUAUAAGAUCAUUGAUAUCUCUCCCAAUUGCUGAAUUACAACCCUUCUUCGGGCCCCCUGC